GCAGCAGGCACCAUGAGUGGCAGGAAACGCAGCUCCACUUUCGGCGCCUACGGAGGGGUGGACAAGUUCUUUCUGUCCAGCCGCAACCGGUGGAGAAGUGAUGGUCAGAGCCAGCCCUUCCCUCACGUCCUAGACCUGCCUCGCGUGGACUCGGCACCUCUUCCCACAGCUUGCCUCUGCCCCAAGAACGCAGACCUGUUUGAAAUGAUUGAGAAGAUGCAGGGAAGUAGAAUGGAUGAACAGAGAUGCUCCUUCCCACCUCCUCUGAAAACAGAAGAGGAUUACAUCCCCUACCCCAGUGUCCAUGAGGUCCUGGGGCGAGAAGGGCCCUUUCCCCUCAUCCUGUUACCCCAGUUCGGGGGCUACUGGAUCGAGGGCACCAACCACGAGCUCGUCAGCACCCCCGAGACCGAGCAGCCCCAGUCCCCAACCUCCAAGGUCAAGCUGGAAUGCAACCACAUGGCCCGGAUCUACCGGAAGCACUUCCUGGGCAAGGAACACUUCAAUUACUACUCAGUGGAUGCUGCGCUGGGACACCUGGUGUUCUCACUCAAGUAUGAGGUCAUCGGGGACCAGGAGCACCUGCGGCUGCUCCUCAGGACCAAGUGCAGGAGCCACCAUGAUGUCAUCCCCAUCUCCUGCCUCACCGAAUUCCCCAAUGUGGUCCAGAUGGCCAAGCUGGUGUGCGAGGAUGUCAACGUGGACCGUUUCUACCCUGUACUCUACCCCAAGGCUUCCCGCCUCAUCGUGACCUUCGAUGAGCACGUCAUCAGCAAUAACUUCAAAUUCGGCGUCAUUUACCAGAAACUUGGCCAGACCUCCGAGGAGGAGCUGUUCAGCACCAAUGAGGAGAGCCCGGCCUUUGUGGAUUUCCUGGACUUCCUAGGUCGGAAGGUCAAACUGCAGGACUUUAAAGGGUUUCGCGGGGGCCUGGAUGUGACCCACGGGCAGACGGGGACGGAGUCCGUCUACUGCAACUUCCGCAACAAGGAGAUCAUGUUCCACGUGUCCACCAAACUGCCGUUCACCGAAGGGGAUGCCCAGCAGUUGCAGCGGAAGCGGCACAUCGGGAACGACAUCGUGGCGGUGGUGUUCCAGGAUCAGAACACGCCCUUUGUGCCCGACAUGAUCGCCUCCAACUUCCUGCACGCCUACGUGGUGGUGCAGGCGGAGGGCGGCGGCCCCGACGGGCCCCUCUACAAGGUAUCUGUCACGGCACGGGACGAUGUCCCAUUCUUCGGGCCCCCGCUCCCAGACCCAGCUGUGUUCAGGAAGGGCCCUGAGUUCCAAGAGUUCCUGCUGACCAAGCUCAUCAAUGCCGAGUACGCUUGCUACAAAGCGGAGAAGUUUGCCAAGCUGGAGGAACGCACCCGGGCUGCCCUCCUGGAGACCCUUUAUGAGGAGCUGCACAUCCACAGUCAGUCCAUGAUGGGCGUAGGAGGGGACGAGGACAAGCUGGAGAAUGGCGGAGGGGGAGGGGGCGGUUUCUUCGAGUCCUUCAAGCGGGUAAUUCGGAGCCGCAGCCAGUCCAUGGACGCCAUGGGCCUGAGCAACAAGAAGCAGAACACCGUGUCUGCCAGCCACAGCGGGAGCUUUGGCCCCAGCAACCCUGACCUGGCUAAAGCUGCAGGCAUAUCAUUGCUUAUCCCGGGGAAAAUCUCGAGUAAACAUGGACGUCGGGGCAGCGCCAUAGGCAUAGGAACCAUCGAAGAGUCGCUGAUUGUGCCCGGGAAGAGCCCGACCCGGAAGAAGUCGGGUCCCUUCAGCUCCCGCCGCAGCAGUGCCAUCGGCAUCGAAAACAUUCAGGAGGUGCAGGAGAAGAGGCCGGGCAUGGAGUCCCCUCGCUGCCCCCGGGGGCCCCGCAGGGAGAGCCCUCCAGCUGGCCAGAAAACCCCAGACAGCGGGCACGCGUCCCAGGAGCCCAAGUCGGAGGACUCUUCCAAUCAGAGCUCCCCGGAGAUGCCCACUACCAAGAACAGGAGAGCGUGUCCUCCUCCGAGACGGCCCACAAGCGAGACUCCUUGGUGUACAGCACCUGGCUGGAGGACAGCGGGAGCACCGCCAGCGCCGCCAGCUCUCCGGGCCCCUCACGGUCACCCCAGACAGAGGCCGGUCAAUCCGGGGACCCAGCGUAUCCGGAGAUCAAAAUCCAGUUGGAAGGGUCGGAGCAGCACACACCUAAUCCGAGCUCCUAGCCCUACCCACCAGGCAUCCGUGGAUGUGUGUUUCCAGACCAGGCCGCAGAAGCUCAAGCCAAGGGAGUCACGGUGCGGCCUGCUCCCCGUCACGGCAGACAGAGACUCUGUCCCAUCGCCAAAGCCAGCCUGCUGAAGUCCACCCCACCUCUCCCCCCCCCCCCCCCCCCCCCCGCCGUUCCCAGGGCCCCGCCGGGCGGAGGACUGGUCAGGGCAGAGCCGGCCCCUGGAGACGGGGAGGGGGCGGGGGCCGGGCAGGGCCCAGGCCCCUUCAGAGUUGAGUGCCCCCUGCUCAGGUCCUGGGGUUCCCUGGCCCCUGAGAACUCGUGUGUGAGUGAGUGUGUGUACGUGUGUGUGUGUGUAUGUAUGUGGGGGGGGGAGGGGAGAGGAAGGGGGGAGUGCCGCUUUGCCAUUGCCCCCAGCCUGCAGGUGGCUACUCAGCCAUUCUGCCCUCCGCUUAGCAUCGAGAGUGGUAAUAAGCUUGAAGCUCGGCCCCACCCUGCCCUCCCCAGGGCCCCAGCCAAUCUGUAUCUUGGCAGUGUGGGCAAGUGAGUCGGGGGUCGGCAGGCUGGGCUCGGGGCACCGCGGCCCUAAGACCACCGCAGGGCAGGCAGCGGGACCUCCUGGUCCAGAGGCCCCGCCUGGGCACCUCCACCACACUUUCCCCCAGAGCCUGGGCAUCUCCACCCGCAAUUUCCCCCCGAGGCCCUGCCUGGGCAACCUUCACCCGUGAUCGCCCCAGAGAUCCACUGCGGCCCCUCCUCUGGCGAAGGAGCAGCUGGGGUGCCGGGCCGCUUGGGGCCCUGCCCUGACAACAGAGGCUCACCUCCCCGGGUCCAGGUCCUCCCAUCUCCCAGCCGGGUGUCAAGGUGGGCACCUCGUUGCAGCCACAGGAAGCUGUGAUGUGGCAGGCUCCCAGCCGGGCGAGUGGGAGAUGCUUUCUCCACCCUAUCUUGUGGCCUGCCCACGGAUCGCCUGGGCAGGGGGUGGGGGCUCAGGCCCGGUACUGCCUGUCCCAGCCACCCGGCUGCCACCCCUCUGCUCCCGGCUGAUGGGGCAGCUCCCGUGCCAACUUCCCCGCCCCCUCGUCCCCACCAUGCCACAGCCCUGGGGGGUGCUCUCCAGCUCCUGGCACCAGCUUCACCCUUCCCACCCUGCUCAGUUGCCACCGCCCCCCGCGUCAGCUGCCCCCUUCUCCGCCCCCGCCUGCGGAAGAGGAUGCUCCGGUGCUGGUGGGCUCGGUGCGGGCCCGAGAGGAGGGCGAGCCAGCCGGCCCGAAGGAGCCCGGCCCGAGGAGGGGCGGGUCCCGGGGUGCCCUCUGAGGAGACCCGCCGGCCCGUCCUGCCCUGGAGGGACGGGCAGGCUUCUGGCCCGGCCCUGGGAGGAGCGGUGAGGGGCGUGUGGCCCGUGUCGUGUGUGUUCGUCUGUGUUUUUUAGGCCCCCGCGUCCCGGCGCAGACUCUCCAGUCGGGAGACUCAUUUUUUAAGCUGCAGUUGUGUGUGUGUGUGUCGGUGACAUCUGUAUAAAAUAAAGUUCUAUUUAUCGCUAUUGUAA